AGUUCUGGGAGGUCAUCAGUGAUGAGCACGGCAUCGACCCCACUGGCAGUUACCAUGGCGACAGCGACUUGCAGCUGGAGAGAAUCAACGUGUACUACAACGAGGCUGCUGGUAACAAAUACGUUCCUCGGGCCAUCCUGGUGGACCUGGAGCCCGGCACGAUGGACUCGGUCAGGUCGGGACCCUUCGGCCAGAUCUUCAGGCCAGACAACUUUGUGUUCGGCCAGAGCGGUGCGGGGAACAACUGGGCGAAAGGCCACUACACAGAGGGCGCCGAGCUGGUGGACUCGGUCCUGGACGUGGUGCGGAAGGAAUCAGAGAGCUGUGACUGUCUCCAGGGCUUCCAGCUGACCCACUCACUGGGGGGCGGCACGGGCUCGGGCAUGGGCACCCUGCUCAUCAGCAAGAUCCGGGAGGAGUACCCCGACCGCAUCAUGAACACCUUCAGCGUCAUGCCCUCACCCAAGGUGUCCGACACCGUGGUGGAGCCCUACAACGCCACGCUGUCCGUGCACCAGCUGGUGGAGAACACGGACGAGACCUAUUCCAUCGACAACGAGGCCCUGUACGACAUCUGCUUCCGCACCCUGAAGCUGACCACGCCCACCUACGGUGACCUCAACCACCUGGUGUCGGCCACCAUGAGUGGCGUGACCACCUGCCUGCGCUUCCCAGGCCAGCUGAACGCAGACCUGCGCAAGCUGGCCGUGAACAUGGUGCCCUUCCCGCGCCUGCACUUCUUCAUGCCGGGCUUUGCGCCUCUCACCAGCCGGGGCAGCCAGCAGUACCGCGCCCUCACCGUACCCGAGCUCACCCAGCAGAUGUUCGACUCCAAGAACAUGAUGGCCGCCUGCGACCCACGCCACGGUCGCUACCUGACUGUGGCUGCCAUCUUUCGGGGCCGCAUGUCCAUGAAGGAGGUGGACGAGCAGAUGCUCAACGUGCAGAACAAGAACAGCAGCUACUUCGUGGAGUGGAUCCCCAACAACGUGAAGACGGCCGUGUGCGACAUCCCGCCCCGCGGCCUCAAGAUGUCGGCCACCUUCAUCGGCAACAGCACGGCCAUCCAGGAGCUGUUCAAGCGCAUCUCGGAGCAGUUCACGGCCAUGUUCCGGCGCAAGGCCUUCCUGCACUGGUACACGGGCGAGGGCAUGGACGAGAUGGAGUUCACCGAGGCCGAGAGCAACAUGAAUGACCUGGUUUCCGAGUACCAGCAGUACCAGGAUGCCACGGCCGAUGAACAAGGGGAGUUCGAGGAGGAGGAGGGUGAGGACGAGGCCUAAGAACUUUCCAAAUAAAUCGUGCAUCCUUAGUGAACUCCUGUUGUCCUCCAGCAUGGUCUAUUUGUAUACUAUGGUGCUCAGUUUUGCCUCUGUCAGAAACUCACUGUUGAUGUAAUAAUGUGGAUCACCAUAUAAAAGCAUGUGUAUAAAACCUUGUGGUUCUUCCUUUCCCUUUAAAAAAUUUUUAUUCUUAAAUGUGUAAGGUUUCAGACUUUAACCUUAAUAACAGUAUAGGAUUUGUUUUAGUGAUUUUAAUAGCGUUCCUGAUCAUUCAAUAAAGACAGAUGAAAGUGUU